UGUGAGAUCUCUGAUGAAUGGAAAGAUGGGACCUCACUGAAAAACAUUUUCCACACUCAGGACAGGAAUACGGCUUCUCCCCCGUAUGAGAUCGUUGAUGUAUGUAAAGAAUGGACUUCACUGAAAAACAUUUCCCACACUCAUGACAGGAAAAUGGCUUCUCCCCUGGCAGGAAUGUGGCUUCUCACCUGUGUGAGAUCGCUGAUGUGUGAAAAAGAUUGGACUUCUGUGAAAAACAUCUCCCGCACUCAUGACAGGAAUACGGCUUCUCCCCGCGUGGGAUCUCUGAUGUGUGUAAAGAUCGGACUUCUGUGAAAAACAUUUCCCGCACUCAGGACAAGAAUACAGCUUCUCCCCUGUGUGUGAUCUCUGAUGUUUGUGCAGAAUGAACUUCUGUGAAAAACAUUUCCCACACUCAGGACAGAAAUAUGGUUUUUCGCCUGUGUGAGAUCUCUGAUGUUUGUAAAGACUGGACUUCUGUGAAAAACAUUUCCCACACUCAGGACAGGAAUACGGCUUCUCCCCCGUAUGAGAUCUCUGAUGUUUGUGAAGAUCGGACUUAACUGAAAAACAUUUCCCGCACUCAGGACAGGAAUAUGGCUUCUCCCCCGCGUGAGAUCUUUUAUGCCUAUUAAGACGGGAUUUAUAACGGAAGCUCUUCCCGCACUCAGGACAGGAGAAGCUCUUCCCUAUUGGAAG